GGUCCAUCGGAGAAGGCCAACAAAAAUAACCUCCCAAGUCGCGCGCCAUAUAAAAAUCUCAACCGCAGCACCUCAACUCACAAGCUUUGACAUCAUUCCCUCUCCUCCUUGAAUCAAGCAUUACUCCUUACAAUAUCCUGGAACCAUUGUUUCCGUCGUUUUAAACUACAACACCUGGACAUCUUCACGAAUACGAUCACUAAACUCACCUGGUUUAAACGCGACCGUCUCUUCGGACCUUCAACAGCGACAACAGCAACCUCCUAAGCAGGUUCAUUCACAAGGCCGUACUCCAUUUCUAAAGUAACUGAAAGCACUCAAAAUGGAUCCUGUUGCUCAACAACAGCAACACCAGGGCGAGGAGCCUGAACUCAAUGCCUUCGGAAAACUCACUGCUCAGCUCCUGCAGUAUGGAGCAAAUGCAUCCAACAACAUUUCAAACGCCUUUGACAGCAUGGACACAAAAGCAUGGCUCCGUCUGACCGUCGUUGUCGGUGGCUACAUGCUGCUGCGCCCCUUGUUCCUCAAGUUCGUUACUAAGGGGGCUGUCCAAAGGAUGGAGGAUGAAGAUGCCCGCGAAAAACGCAAGGCACAAAUUUCUCCCAAUGAGCUACGUGGACUAGUUGAGGAUGAGCCUGAGAUUGACGAGGAGGGCGAUGGCACUGGUGCCGAUUGGGGUCAGAAGGCUAGAGUGAGGCAGCGGACUAUGCUGAAGGAUCUUCUCGAAGCUGAGGAACGAAGGAGGGAAGAAGAGGAGGACGACAAGGACAUUGCUGAUCUUCUAGAGGACUAGAGUCUCACCAUCUUGGCUUCUUUGGGCGCAUUGGUGGGGAGUAUCUGAUUUGGCUGAUUGAAAGUGACAAGAGGGUCACAUCACGAGCUGCAAGCACGUCUCCUAGACUGGCCACUGACUUGAUUGAAAACUUGGACACCUCCACUUCGGGUUCUUGUAAAACGCAGGGUUAAGCUGGUUUUCCCAGUGAGGCUGAUUCUUCUGAUCAGAAUGAAUCCCACCAGACCAUACUGAUAAUCUAAGAAAGCGGAAAAAAGAAGUAGUCUGAAGCAUAAUAUUAUUACAUAUGUAUAGUGUUGCCGUUGUUUGGGAACCAUGAAGAUUAUGAAGUUGACCUAGGAUGCCCAUGCUUAUUCGAUAAAUCAUAGAAUGCAACCAGAGCUUCCAACCGAA